UUCGAAUGGAAGAAUUGGCUAGGGCGGGCGGCAUCUGAUCUGCAUCUCUCGUCGUUCCGGCUCGGUCGUCGUCCUCCACCACCACCACCAGCACUACCACGCCAGGUGCACCACCGCUUCCUCCCGCUCUCCGUCUUCCUCUCUCUCUCUCUCGUCACCCGUCCUCGCCACACGGCUUACCUUACCUUCAUGAUCCCGUCGACCGGUUGCUGGGCCCUUGCAAGAAUGGACUAGACUAUCCUCAAUCUCAGGGCCUGCUUCUGCGUUAUUCUUUUCUGAAUCGUCUUCGCCUUUCCCUCGUUCUCGAGAGCCAGCCCCCCCGCCACGAGCGCGGAGAGACCGACAAGCAAAGCCGGAAUCAGCCUUCGACUACGAGAGACACGACGCUUCCCCUGCGAGCCCUCGCGACCAACUCGAGCAAUCCCCCCCGACACGCCCACGACCCCUCCCUACCACCGCGUCGCGACCGCCGCGCUCCUCCACACGAUGAAGUCUGCCAGGCCGUCCCUUGCGGACGCCCCAGCGCAUCGCAGAGCCCAGCCUGUCCGACAAGCGCGCACCAACCCGUCGCGAGGACCGGCCCACGCUGGCCGUCACGGCGGCGGUAGAGACGCAGCCGGCUCAGGCCCCGCGGGCGACCAGCCCAUCGACAUCUUCCCGGCAAUCACGCACUUCGCCGACACCAUCACCGCGCUCCCCAAGGAGCUCGUUCGACACUUCACACUGCUCAAGGAGGUCGACGCCAAGCUCUUUGGGCCAGAAGACCAACUUUUCAAGCUCGUCGAGCAGGCCGCGAAUGCACCUGCGCCGGAGCCUCGACAUGCCAAUGACACUGCUGGCGUCGGCGCGUCCUCUUCGGCGCCCAUGAGCACACAGAACAGCUCCAGCGGCUUCGGUUCCAGCCGUGCCGUGCGCUCGGCUCCCCCGUCAGACGGACCCAACGCCGCCGCCCCUAGCAGCGUCUUCGAUCCGGCGAAUAUUCCUCGCCGCCAGCUCUUCCGACAGACGGCUUUCAAAAUCCAGGAAAUGUUGGUGUCGCUCGAGGAGAAGAAUCAUGUAAUAUCGACUGCCAAUGAAGCCCUGAACCGGCAGCUUGCCCGCGUCGAGGACGUGUGGCCCUACCUUGAGAGCGAGUUCAGUGACGAGGCGAAAUGGGGCAGCACCACACACUGGGCCUACCCAGAGAACCGCAACGGCAAAGCAGCCCACGCCGAGCGCGCCCGCCGUGAUGGCGCCGCUGCCAUCUCCGCUGCCGCUCAAGCCCUCGCCGAGGAAGCUGCCGCUAGAAGUGAUGCGAGAAAGCAGGCAGUUCAGGCGAAACGGAACCAGAGAAAUCAGCAUCACGACUCCGACGCUGACGAUCUCGCCGCUCGCCACAAAGCAGAAGGCGGCAAGAAAUCUCAGAGCAGCAAGUCGAGGAAGGUCGCCGAGGCUAAUGUCGGCCUGGGCAUCUCUGGAGCGACCGCGAACGGGAACCCGCCGCCAAAGCGACGCAAAGUGGAAAAGACCACUAACGGCGGAGAGCCCAUGGAACGUGCCAUGAGCAGCGUCUUUGGGAACGCCGCACCCAAGGCCAAGACGAGCAGCCCGCGGGGGACACCGGCGCCAGAUGGCCCUAAGAAGCGCAAGGCUCUACCCACUGGCAGCAGCCAGGCGAAGAAAAAGAAUGGCAUGUCUCCCUCGAUUGCUUCCUCGCCGGUCAUGGGUAACUUGCCCGAGCCCAAGACACAGGCACGCGCAUCGCCCGCACCUAGUAGCGCUCCACGGCCGGCGUCCUCGCGUGCACGACAGAACUCUAUAUCGUCCAACGCGGAAAAUGGGAGGGCGAGGGCGCUGUCUUCGGCGUCGAUCAAGCCCAACGGCAAGGAGUCCGGCACUCCAGACAUGGCCUCUACAAGCGGGUUCCCACGGCCCGCGAAUGAAGCCAAACCUGUCAAGGAGACCAUUGUUCCACUUAAGCCUGAGACGAUCAAGAAGGAGGCGGACCGACCAGACAGCAGCUCCAGGCCGCCGUCCACUGCAGGGAAGAAGGACAGCAAAGACGAAACCGAGAACAAGAACGAGCCUGUAGCACCACAGCCGCAAAACACUGCAACAGUGACAACAAAGAGCGGCAGGGCAAGCAAACCGUCGACUCCGGCGCUGGCAACCUUUCAAGAGGCGGCUCGGCCGCGAUCAUCCAGGAAUACUGAUAACGGUGGGGCGAGCAAGAAGAGCCAUAAGAAGGGUGGCUCCGUUGCACAGGCUCUGGCACCACAAGUCAUUGAGUCUGACGCAAACAGCAGCAGCCUUCAGGGCGACGAGGACGAUGAUAACGACAUCGAUGCAGACGAGCCAACGUACUGCUACUGUAACAGCGUCAGCUACGGCGAAAUGGUGGCGUGUGACGCGGACGAGUGCGAACGCGAGUGGUUCCAUCUGCAGUGCGUAGGCCUCAAGGUCGCGCCAGGCUCGAAGACGAAAUGGUACUGCGAGGACUGCAAAAAGCGCCUCAAGAUGGGAGACAAGAAGGCCGGCAGCCGAUAGACGAGGAGCGGCCGGAGUCAUUGAGGCGGUCUACGCCGAGUGUGAGGCACAGUCUACCGCCCUGACCUGGCGCACAAAGCAGAGCACGCUGGACACGGCAAUGAUCAGGCGCAUGAGCGAUACUAUCGACUGCACCUUCGCAUUGCUCCAGGAUUUAUUCAGACACGAGACGCAUCCAGCGCUGGAGACGAAAAAGGCCCAGCCACUGGCGCAUCACAGCGGAACCAGGCGCGCUGUACAUUGCAAGAAGCGUCUUGAGUUUUGAGCCGUUAUUUCUUUACAUGCAGCACGCACGUCCCGCCUCUUUUUUCCAUUCAUUUUUCGUCUUCUUUGUUUUAUGGACACUGCUGGAGUUUACGGAUAUCCGGAGCUGGGGGAGUCAUUGCUCUAAGCACAAGGGCAACAGGUCUGUCCAAAGCGUUGAUACGAUAGCUGGAAGGGGGGAUCAAUGGGACCCGCCUCAUCAGAACAAGAGGCGAGCUGCAACCACUUCAGGAUGGAGGGUAAUGUCCUGGAAUUUGUCCCAGUCAUGGGGUCAUAGAUGCACAAGAAUGUACUGUUGACCGGGAAUUGACGAAAUAAGUCGGUGUGAUGGAUAAAAUGC